CGAUCAGCUACGACGACUUUUCAAAUUUGCGCGGAUGAAUAAGAAAAACAAAAAGAACCAACAGACGAGACGACCGACACAAGAGAAACAGCAAUACACGAAAAACAAAAGAAAAAAAACACCACAGACCAUAAGACAACCCCACCAAGCAUAAACACGAGCCUGCGACUGAGGGUUUUAGCCAUGAGGGCAAGCUAGAAUUUCCACGCCGAACUACACAAAACGCAUUCCAAAAACGCAUCAAUCAAAUCUAUGUUGCAAAUUGUGGCAGCCGGCGAUGAUGCAACCAAAGCCGUCAACGAGCGAAUGAAAGGACAGCAAGUCAAUGCAGCGCACAAGGAGACAUUCAGAGCAACCAAUCGACCAGUCAUUCAUCUGGCGCAACAAAAACACCAAUCCAAUACUUCAUUCAUCUAUUGCCAACCAGAGAGAUCCUCACAAUCACAAUCAUCACCAUCAACGGCAAACAAAAACACACUACUAAUCCCCCCCCCCUCUACUCUGUGAUGUGUAUAGGGUAUGGCCAUGGAACAGCAGCAAAAAAAGGGUUAAAGUGAAUCUAGAGAAUUGUGCUGGAGACUAGUGUUGCGUAAACAAUCUUUAAAUAAACAUCGUUACAAUUGCAAAGAACGGUUAAACAAAUAAAAACCUCAUGUUAGAAAAAAAAAGAGAAAAACGAAAGAAAUGCCCCUAAAAUUUAUGCAAAAGUCUCAGAAAAUUUAAGUGAUCUUUUAAAGAUAGUGUUUUUUGUGAUUACACAGUUACAACAACAAAAAGUGAUCAACAAACUAUAACAAUUAAACAUACAUAUGUACAUUCAGAGGAAUUAUCACACAGCGGCGCCAUGCAGUGCCACAUAAUGGCAACAAAAGAAGUGAAACAUUAGUCUACCUGUCAUCACUCACUCCUCAUUCGCUCACUCACUAACUGCUCGGUAGUAGUAGCCGCGCGCGGCAAUACCAAAAAAUUUCCACAACUACCAUAUGACGGAUUACCAAAAAAAAGGAACAAUAACAACAACAAAACUCAAGCUGAUCGUUUGUUAGAUAGGCUCACACUCUCUCUUUUGCUCUCUGAAAACCGAAAGGAAUACGGAAAAGUCCGCCAAGUGACCAGGCUAUUGAGCUAGCAAUUCAUUCAAAACUAGCCAGCUGGAUAUAGAAAAAAUAAAAAAAAAAUAGAAAAAUCUAUUGUGUGUUGAAGAAAAGAAUAAGAAGAAGAAGACGAUCAAUAAGACAAAAGGAAGAAGAAAGAAUAACAACAAGGAUCAAAUAAAAUAUUAGAAAACUAAAAAAUCUAAACUUUAAAGAAGAAAAAAUGUUCUAAAUUUAAAUAAAAAAAUUCGGGAAAUUAAAAAAUGGUAUUAAUUAAGUGUUUUAUUUUAUAUAAACAAUAUUUAUAUUAACAAAUUUUAAAAAAUUAAAAAAAAUUUUUAAUUAAAAAGAAAAAUCAUCGAACCACAAAAAAGAGGAAUCCAACAUUCGUUUAACUCAAGCAAAGGAAAGUGUAUAAAAAAAUUAAAUUUAAUAAAAUUAUAUAAGUGAUGCUCUAAAUUUAAAAAAAAUAAUACAAUUUAUACGCCACGAAGUUAAAAAAAAAUUCAUUUGUUUUUCCUUACGUGCUUACUCACAUAUGGAAUCAAGAGAAACCCCCACAAAAAAUAACUAACCAAGUGCUACAGCAAUUUUAAAUAUUUACUUAAACGAACAACGUUUGUAAAAAAAUAUCCUUCAUUUAAAACAAGUGGUUAUUAUAAACGAAAAUCGGAAUAAUUCAUCGACCAAAGCAAAAGACCAGCAACAUGUUAACUGACAUGACACCGACGGCCGGCCAACUGUAUGGCUCACAAAUACCCGCAAUGGGUAUGAAUAUCACCAACAUAGCAACACAUUUGCAGAAACCAACAGUUAAUCCGGAUCAUCCCAGUUUAAGGGGCACCCCAUUGGCUAUGUUGGCCGCCCAGUGCAAUAAAUUGAGCAGUAAGUCUCCACCACCAUUAGCGGAUGCUGCUGUGGGCAAGGGAUUUCAUCCGUGGAAGAAAAGCCCCACCUCACCUACGCAUCACUCGCAAACGAACAAUUCUACCACAUCUAAUAACAAUAAUAAUAACAACAACAACACUUCAACAGGUUCGAGCAGUUCAAAUGCCUCAGUGGGACAACAUUCACCAUGUGCUAUAUCAUCGACGGCCUCCUCGACCAACUCAUCAGCGGUGGGUGGUACAAGUAGCAACCAUUCCAGCAUAGGAGGUUCCUCGGCGGCAGGCAAUUCCCUAACAUCAAGGAGUCUGGCAGGCAGUGGCAUCAACACCAUGGUCAAUAUAACCGCAAGCAUUUAUCCUUACAGUCGACCGAUAACAUCAUCCUGUGCUGCCGUCACCACCCCCUCGGCUUAUGGCAGUGAUUUAUUCUAUCCCAAUUCGUCAACAAGCACUGGCGGCAUGGUGGCCGACAAUCAUCAUAUGCAUCAAGGCCUGCUGGGCAAAGUGGAGGGAGCCACCUUUGGUUCGGUGUAUUCGCGUCAUCCCUAUGACUGGCCUUUCAAUGCGGUAACCGCUCAAGCCCAUAAGGCGGCGGAGGCAGCCAGCGUCAAUAGUGGCUGGUGGGAUAUGCAUAGUGCAGCAGCUGCUGGCAGCUGGUUGGAUAUGGGCGGUGCCGCUGGCAUGCACUCGACCAUGGCUAAUUAUGCCACGGCCAGCUCAGACUAUUCCUCAGCCUUAAGUCAUUCACUUUCGAAUACUGCCCAUUUGUUGGGCUCGGGCCAGCAUUUGCUGCAGGACACCUACAAGAGUAUGCUGCCCAGUCAGGGGGUGGGAGGUUUCUCUCUGCCCCACAGUUCGCCCUCGGCAGGCUCCAGCGCCUCAGCACCACAGUCAUCAUCGCCCACCACACCUUCGUCUAGAUCGCAAAGACGCUAUGCUGGAAGAGCCACCUGUGAUUGUCCCAAUUGCCAGGAGGCCGAAAGGCUGGGUCCUGCUGGAGUGCAUCUAAGAAAAAAGAACAUUCACUCCUGCCACAUACCGGGUUGUGGUAAAGUCUAUGGCAAAACUUCGCAUCUAAAGGCCCAUCUGAGAUGGCACACCGGUGAAAGGCCAUUUGUGUGCAAUUGGCUAUUUUGUGGUAAACGUUUUACCCGUUCCGAUGAGUUGCAAAGACACCUGAGAACCCAUACAGGCGAGAAGCGUUUCGCUUGCCCUGUAUGCAAUAAACGCUUUAUGCGCAGCGAUCAUCUGGCCAAGCAUGUGAAGACCCAUAAUGGCACUGGAACGGGCAUCAAAAAGGGUUCCUCUGAGUCGUGCAGUGACUCCGAAGAGCCCAAUAACCAAUCGGGAGAUUCAAAUGGCCUCAACUCAUCGGGCAAUGGCAACUCGGGUAGCAAUAGUCAUCCUGGAACGCCCAAUUCCCAUCAGACGGCAAGUAAUUCGCAGAGUCAUGGUCAGGGUGCAGGAUUGCAUAUGUCACCACAUCAUCAUAUGUCCAGUGGUUCGCCUGUCAUGUUGAGUCAUCAACAGCAUCAGCAGUUGCAGCAACAGCAACAACAGCAUCAACAACAACAACAACAACAGCAGCAGCAACAACAACACCAUCAGCAACAGCAGCAGCAACAACAUCAUUUGCAACAGCAACAACAGCAGCAACAACAACAGUCGCACCCCCACGCCCACAUGCAUGCGCACACUCACCAUCACCACCAUCAUUUGUUGGGUUCGAACUCGGCCGCCUCCAGUCCAGUGCUGGAUCAUCACAGCACUCUUGUGGAUAUUAAGCCCCCAAUGGUUUGAGGCUCACUGGGACCCUUUCUGUUCAGUAACUGAGCAGAAGCUGGGUCCUAUCUCAAGGAUUUUAUAAAAACUUUAGCAUUAUUUGAGGGAUAUGAUAGUAGCCUGUAAGCAAAGCAAGGCCAGUGCAGCGACGAACAGCGUAUGGAAAUGGUAUGAUAGGCAUCUCUAUAGACAUAGAUAGGUGAAGACCGCAAAGGGCUUUUUGUGUAUAAAAGAUGAUGAAUUGGAGGAAAGAGAGCUAUAAGAGUUAUAAUAACACAAAAUAGAGCUAAUCUUAAGAAGCAUUCAGAAACACACGAGUUGCAGCAUUGCAAUCAUAAUUAAGAGCAUAAAAGAUGCCGAAUUAUUUAUAUUUAAUUAGUAAUUUAAAUAUGCAAAAAAAAAAAACAAUAAAACUUGAUAAUUUUGUAAAUAUUUCCAAAAACAAUCACCCUUAACUAAAUUAAGUGUAGUCGAAAAAGCAAGAAAAACUAGAAAUAAAAAAUAAAUUUAAAAAAAAACUAUGAAAUUUUGAAAUUAUUGUAUCCAAAAUAGAUUCAAAAUUUAUUUGUGGAGAGAAUAGUAUGACGAUAUUUAAUUCGCUAAGGUCAGAGGUGAAAUUUAUAGGGUCAAACCGACAAGGGUUAUGGCGAGGAAAGUAGCGGAAAGAAAAUAGCAAGUGGUAGAAAAUAUGUUAAGAAACUUUUCGUCUUAAGAGUUAUCAUAUCACCGUUCUCGACCAAACCGGCCAUGGAUGUCGAGAUUCCAAAACUACUCACUAUUCCAAAUUCUGUCAAGGACGGGUUUAUGAACCCAUGACCUUAAAUUGGGAGAUCUGUCCAUACGGCAAAUUGGAUAAGGUUUCAGGCCUUUUAUGAGCCUUAAACCUUAAAUCGGGAGAUCAGUUUAUAUGACAGUCA